GCCGUUAUAAACCGCCGGUCCCCACCAGCGCCCGCUCUGCCCGCCGCAUCGCCGCCCGCUAGCAGCAUGGACCUCUCCAGCGACCCCGCCUUCAGGAAGCUCGCCGAGUGGUACAAGGCGAACGCCACCAAGCUCGUCCUGAGGCAACUCUUCGAGGCCGACAAGGACCGCUUCCAGAAAUUCAGUGUGACUCUGAAUACUGAUCAUGGGGAUAUCUUGGUGGAUUAUUCGAAGAACCUUGUUACAGAAGAGGUCAUGAAGAUGCUGAUAGAACUGGCAAAGUCAAGGGGUGUUGAAAAUGCUAGGGAGCAAAUGUUCACUGGAGAGAAGAUCAACUUCACUGAGAAUCGGGCUGUGCUUCAUAUUGCCCUGAGGAAUCGCUCCAAUGUUCCAAUAUUAGUGGAUGGCAAAGAUGUAGUCCCAGAAGUUAACAAGGUGUUGGACAAGAUGAAGCACUUCUGUCAGAAAGUUCGUAGUGGAGAAUGGAAAGGCUACACUGGAAAGGCAAUUACCGAUGUGGUCAAUAUUGGGAUUGGUGGCUCAGAUUUGGGCCCCGUUAUGGUGACUGAAGCCCUGAAACCAUAUUCCAAGGGAGGCCCUCGUGUCUGGUUUGUAUCCAACAUUGAUGGUACUCAUAUAGCCAAAACCGUGGCUGAGCUUAAUCCUGAGACAACACUCUUCAUCAUUGCAUCUAAGACUUUCACCACCCAAGAAACUAUUACCAAUGCAGAAACAGCCAGAGAGUGGCUUCUUCUUUCUGCUAAUGAUCCUUCUGCUGUGGCCAAGCAUUUUGUUGCCUUGUCUACCAAUGGCCCUAAAGUUAAAGACUUUGGAAUUGACACUGAGAAUAUGUUUGAGUUUUGGGAUUGGGUUGGUGGCCGUUACUCAUUGUGGUCAGCCAUUGGUCUCUCCAUUGCUCUGCAUGUUGGUUUUGACAACUUUGAGAAACUGCUUGCAGGAGCCCACUGGAUGGACAACCACUUCCACACUGCUCCACUGGAAAACAAUGUACCAGUUCUGCUGGCCAUGCUGGGUGUCUGGUAUAUAAACUUUUAUGGCUGCGAAACCCAUGCGCUCCUGCCAUAUGAUCAAUACAUGCACCGCUUUGCUGCUUACUUCCAGCAGGGUGACAUGGAAUCUAAUGGGAAAUACAUCACCAAGAAAGGCACUCGUGUGGACUACAAUACUGGCCCUAUUGUGUGGGGUGAACCUGGAACUAAUGGGCAGCAUGCCUUUUAUCAGCUCAUCCAUCAAGGAACUCGUAUAAUCCCCUGCGAUUUUCUAAUCCCAGUCCAGACCCAAAAUCCAAUCAGAAACUGCUUGCAUCACAAGAUCCUUCUGGCCAACUUUCUUGCUCAGACUGAAGCCUUGAUGAAAGGAAAGACUGCUGAUGAGGCUCGAAAAGAACUGCAGGCUACUGGGCUGAGUGGAGAUCCUCUGGAGAAACUUCUUCCACAUAAGGUCUUUGAAGGAAAUCGCCCAACUAAUUCCAUUGUGUUUACAAAACUUUCUCCAUUCAUUCUGGGAGCCUUAAUUGCUAUGUAUGAACACAAGAUCUUUGUUCAAGGAGUUGUGUGGGAUAUUAAUAGCUAUGACCAAUGGGGAGUUGAACUUGGAAAGCAAUUGGCUAAGAAAAUUGAACCAGAACUAGAUUCUGAUGCUCCAGUGACAUCUCAUGAUGGCUCAACAAAUGGGCUCAUUAGCUUCAUCAAGAAGCAUAAAGCUUGACUUGAAAGAUUCAGAAGAUACCACCAGUCUAACUACCAAACACCCAGAUCAAUGUUGUAGUAAUUGCUUUUUAGCUACUUUAACCAAAAUAGCACUUUACACUUGGAGCCCCGUAACUUGUUGCAGCUAAUCCUGUUCUGUCAAAUGUGUUACAAAUGGAAGCUAGUUUUGUGAAACAGAAGUUGUAUAGUUGCUUUCUAUUUUUGUGGUUGUCAAACUGUAAAGUGCAGCUGGUAUGUCCCUCACUAAUUCCUCAGUUGAUCACAUGUACUAAAAUAAGAAAAUAAAAGACAGUGGACAAUAGAA